GCUCCCCGUCUCUCCUGAGCUGACGUCACUCUCUCCCUCCCGUUCCGCCUCUGAAAUCCCCUCCCUUUGGUCUGUCCCUGAUUCUCUCUCCUCCUCCUCUGACGGUAUAUCCACUCCUCCCACUGGUGCGCGCUGCCCACCUCCUGCCGGCACCCAGGCCAACUCCGCAAUUCGAGCAGACCUCUGCGCCCUGCUUCCGGGUUUGACUUCACAACCGCGCGUCUCCUACGUCUUUCUGCGAUGUCCUUUCGGGGCCACGCAGUCUCCCCCAAUUCGCUGCCAGUGUCUGACGUUCCUGCGCUGGUUUCGGACCCCCCCCACCAGGGUUUUCGCGAGCCUUGCCCCUCGCAGCGCCUUCGGCACCAUGCCGGCCGGAGCAGCUGCUGUUUCCAGCGUCAUUUUCACGUGAUGUUUCCUGUGCUGGGUCAAAGUCCAACCACCAGACACUUCUGGCCAUGUUCCAGGACCUCUGAGCCCCCCAACGGUUGUCUCGGUGUCUCUGCAUAUCAGGACUGCUGUGCUGAGAUCCCACAACUACCCAGCGUCACUGCCCUGAAGCUGGCUGAGUCCCUCCUGCCACACUUUGAGAACGACAACAGCCACGUGCAGCUGCUCUCCAUUCAACUCUUUUACAAGGUGAUGGAGCUGGUAGUGGAAGAGGGGGAAGAGCUUCUCACGGCAUUCGUGAACCAGAGCCUGCUCCCUCUAUUCUUGCGCUGGCACGAUGAGAACCUGUACGUGGCCAAGGCCUCUUUCCAAGCCCUGCUUUGUGCGGCAUGCUUCCUGAGAAGGAUGGACCUUGAGGAGCUGCUGAUGAAGGCGCGGUGGAUUAAGUUUGCUGAGAGCCUGCUGCUGCAGAACGAGAGCUGAGUGGCCGAGAGCCCAAUGAGGACCCUGCGAGAGGCAGCCCUCAGGUUCAUGGCUCUUCAAGCCCUGAAGGAAGAUGAGAGUCCAUUGUGCCUGAGCAAACUGCUUCAGAUGAUCUUUGAAGGAAGAUCUGCAGGACUUUGUCUGAUGGAUCAGAUGUACCAGCGUCCAUCAGCGAUUUCAAGUGCCCAUUGAAGAUGGGAGCACCUGCAGAACAGGAUGGACCAGCUGCAGCUCCAGGCACAGCUCUGGCUGCUCAGAGCUGAGCCUGUGUGAAGCUCCAGCAGCUCCUGCCAUCUCUCUCCCUGUUGGCAGCCCCCUCCCUGCAGCCCUCAGGCCCUGCCCAUCCCCCUUUUCUGCCUCCCAGCUCACCCCUUACCUUUGCUUUCCCUUAAUGAACAGUUUGGGUUUUUCACUUGACCCGUGUCUCCAUGUAGCUGAAGCGACGCAAAUCCUGAGCCUGGGGACACGCAGGGCCCUGCUGCCCUUCUCCUGUCUGCUGUGUUCUGGGCAUGGGCAGAGAGGAACAAGGGCAGUCAGGCUGCAAAGGUGCCUGUCCCGCUGCUCCAGCUGCACAGCACCGUGGAGUUAAAGGGCGUGCUGAGCACACUGAAGGGGACAAGGACCCUGGGUUUUAGAAGAGCCAGCUUGAAAAUGCUGUAAACCCAGCUGUGCGGGAUUCCAUGGCAGGCAUCCACCAAGGGCAAAGCAAUGCUGGAAGGUUUUACAGAGAGCUUCCUGAAAGCACAGCAGUGCUCCAUCCCUACACAGGGACAGGAAGAGGGCAGAAGCAGAGACCGUCGUGGCCUAACAGUGAGCUCUGGGUGUGCCUAAAAGCAGCAGCAGCAGCAGCAGCAGCAGCAGCAGCAGCAGCAGCAGCAGCAGCAGCAGCAGGGAGUGGCUGAGACUCGGAGGCGCGACGGUCCCAGUGGCCGCAGCGCUGUCAGGCAGUGCCUGCACCUUCGGUGUGGUUCUGGCAACUCUGGUCUCCCCACAGUGAGCAAUGGCAGCCCCUGCCUCAGGCCCAGUCAGAAACCCAACCAAGUGAGACCAGAGGGAGGAGACCCUUCCCACCUCUCUUGGGCAGGGCUGCAAAACAGCCGCUGCGUCUUCCUGCCCUUCUGUUUGGGGUGUGCUGAGCCCAGAGCCAGCCAGCUUGUGUCCUGCUGUCCUAGGAGUGUUUUGGGCGGCCAGGAGAAGGGCUGCGUGCAUAGCGGAGCGUCCUGGAAGGGGCUCACCAGAGCCUCCUGCGGGAACAGGCUGCAGGGCAUGGAGGUUCUGGGACAUCACACCGUAACCAAUAUGAUCUAGUGAAGCCAAAUUUAUUAUCCUUUAAAAGACUCUGUUUAAAAUAAGUCUCUGCUAUCCACGUGUCUCUAGCUAAUACAUGAUUGGUUAAUCCUAGGUGUUCACACAUCUUAAUUAGAAUUCUGAUUGGAUCAUCUAAUUUUUUAUGCAUCUUGCUGUGGUUGUCUGGCCCACCCAUGUCUCACUUUGCCAAGCUUGCUGACAAACUUGCCGAGUCCUGAUGACUCUUCUUCUUGUAUCUUUUUCAAGGAUAUACCGACCCCAAUUCUGAACAUGUCAAUAAUUCAUUCUU